GUUACAAUUAAUUGGUUGUGAGCCAUUCAUUCUUUUCGUUGUUAUUGUAUUAUGUUGGCCUUCGUAACACUAACCAUUGCUGCUACUACUUCAAGUCAACAUUGUUAUGUUGGGAUGAAUAGAAAGAGUACUUUAUUUUCGCACAACAAUAGACGCUUGAAAAGAGAAUGUCGUUCCUGUAACCUUGGUUUGGAAAUGACAGGUUCCGCCUCCUCUUCAGUUGACCAAGUCCCAGACAUGAGCAAAAGAAUGUUUUUAAACUAUGUUUUGUUAGGUGGAGCUUCUCUUCCCAUUUUGACCAUGUUAGGUAGUUAUGCUUACUUUUUCUAUCCUCCUUCUCGUGGUGGUUCGGGUGCAGGCACUAUAGCUAGAGACGUGUUGGGACGAGAAAUAAAGAAAAAGGAGUUUCUGGAAACAAGGAAACCUGGUACUCACGAAUUAGCACAGGGACCUAAAGGAGAUCCCCAUUAUUUGAUUGUUGACGAAGAAGGACAGUUGGUCUCGUAUGGACUGAACGCCGUAUGUACUCAUUUGGGAUGUGUGGUUCCUUGGAACGCAGGACAAAGCAAAUUUAUUUGUCCUUGUCAUGGUUCUCAAUAUGAUAGAAGUGGAAAAGUAGUACGUGGACCUGCUCCACUUUCAUUAGCUUUGGCACACGUAGAUGAAGAUGGAGAUGGAAAUAUUGUUUUCAAGGAUUGGAAAGAAACUGACUUUAGAACCAAUAGCGAUCCUUGGUGGAAAUAAAGUAUAUGAAGUGGGUUUUUAUUCUCAUCGUCGCUGUAUGAAAUUCUCCUUGCUGAAUUGUGUGUCACAUUUCUUCUAGAAAUAUUCAGUCUCUUAUCUUUUUGUAUUAUAGAUUGUGAUCUUUCCAUCAUUAAAGAAAAGAAGACUUUA